GCCCCUUCUCCUUCUCCCCCUGCUCCUGGGCUUGGAAGGGGUGUCAGUCCCGUUCGGCUCUGCCCUGGCUCCCGGGGACCGCACCGUGCCACCCCACCCCAGGCGCUGCUGCUAAGAGAGCGGGGACUUUGCAAUCGCUCUCUGCCUUAUCUUUGCAGUGGCCCUAGAUCCAAGUGACUUGCCCCCCGCCUCUCCCUCUGGCGUGUUGUCUCCUUUCUCCAAACCCCUUGAAGGCCGCGGCAAAGCUGGAGCCACACAGCGCCGGCAAAACAAGACAAGGGGCCAAGUUGAUUCGGUGCAAACCCCCCCCCCCCUUGCACUGGGAUCCAUGCUCCUGGAGACCCCCCCCCCUCCACCGGCCCCUGAUCAGCUGCACUUCAGCGAUCCGUGGGGCUGGGGAGGAGGCGGGAGGGAGAGAGGAGAAAUUCCACCGAAGCCCAAUGUUCAGUGUUUAUUCUUGAAAGAAGUUAGGCGGAGAUCCUCGCUAAGAUAGCAAGGACCGGACAGAGGAGCCGGAUAGCGGCUAUCUGAUGGUGGGGGCUCUUGGGCUGCAAACAAGUUCCAGCGAGUCAAUUCCAGGCGAUCCCUGUGCCUCUGAGACGCGUUUGCUGCUGCAGCCGGGUUUUGGGGGGAGGGGGGGGGGGGUGGCUGUUUUUAAUCUUGACCCUCCUUGUUUGUUGUUGCGUUUUUUUGAACCCCCCAGAGACACCAUGAUUCCUGGUAGCCGAAUGCUGAUGGUCAUUCUGUUAUGCCAAGUGCUGCUAGGAGGUACUAACCAUGCCAGUUUGAUACCCGAGACGGGGAGGAAGAAAGUUGGAGAACUCCAGGCUCAAGCAGGAUCUGGACGCCGCUCCGGGCAAAGCCAUGAACUCUUGCGGGGUGUCGAGGCGAGUUUGCUGCAGAUGUUCGGGCUGCGCCGGCGGCCCCAGCCCAGCAAAGCAGCCGUCGUCCCCGCGUACAUGCUGGAUCUCUAUCGGCUGCAGUCCGGGGAAGAGGAGGAAAGCCUGCAGGACAUCAGCCUGCGGUAUCCCGAGAGAUCCACUAGCCGGGCCAACACCGUGAGGAGUUUCCACCAUGAAGAACACCUGGAGAACCUCCCCGGGCCCAGCGACGCCCCCCGCGUUCGCUUCCUCUUCAACCUCAGCAGCGUGCCGGAGAACGAGGUGAUCACCUCGGCCGAGCUGCGGCUGUACCGGGAGCAGCUGGAAGCGCGGAGCCCCGCGUGGGAACGGGGCUCGCACCGGAUCAACAUCUACGAAGUGAUGAAGCCCCCGCCGGCCCGCGGGCAGGUGAUCACGCGGCUGCUGGACACGCGGCUGGUGCAGCACAACGUGUCCCGGUGGGAGAGCUUCGACGUGAGCCCCGCCGUCCUCCGCUGGACCCAGGACAAGCAGCCCAACCACGGGCUGGCGGUGGAGGUGACCCCGCUGCCCCCGGCCCCCGGGAACCACGUCAGGAUUAGCCGAUCUUUACCUCAAGGAGACGGGGACUGGGCCCAGCUGAGGCCGCUGCUGGUCACUUUCAGCCACGACGGCCGGGGCCACGCACUGACCCGCCGGGCCCGCCGCAGCGCCAAGCACCAGCGGCCCCGCAAGAACAAAAAAAACUGCCGCCGCCACGCGCUCUAUGUGGAUUUCAGCGACGUGGGCUGGAACGACUGGAUCGUGGCCCCCCCGGGCUACCAGGCCUUUUACUGCCACGGGGAUUGCCCCUUCCCUUUGGCCGACCACCUCAACUCCACCAACCACGCCAUCGUGCAAACCCUGGUGAACUCCGUCAACGCCAGCAUCCCCAAGGCUUGCUGCGUGCCCACGGAGCUGAGCGCCAUCUCCAUGCUCUACCUGGACGAGUAUGACAAAGUGGUCCUGAAAAACUACCAGGAGAUGGUGGUGGAGGGGUGCGGGUGCCGUUAAAAACCCGGACCCCCCCCCCUCCGCCCCGCACCCCAGGACUGCUUCUUCCAGCCGGACCCGGAUCUAAACUAAACGUUCACCUUGACCUUAUUUAUGACUUUACGUGCAAAUGGUUUGACAAUAAUGAUCCUAUAUUUUGACAAAAUAUAUUUAUAACGACAUAUUAAAAGAAAAAAAUAAAGCGAGUCAUUAUUUUAAA